AUGGCACAAUCCGAAUCUAAAUCAAAGAAAUCCAUAUCUAAAUGGGGGAAAUUGUUUGGAGUACUGUCAUCAUCCAUACUGGAGGAUAUAACUCCUAAAAAACUGUCUCAAAGUCCUCCAAUAGCCACCAUUCAUACACCAAUAACCAAAUCUCCAUUAUCAAAUGAUGAAGAUGUUAUACUAUCUCAACAAGAAAAUGAUUUAGUAUCUCCAUUACCUAAUUCCACAAGUAAUUUUACUAAUCUCACCAAAGAUACAAGUUUAAAUAAUUCUUCUUCUACUUCUUCACCUAAACUUACAAGUUCAAGAUCUCAUACUCCAGUAAAUCAACAAACUGUAUCUUCUACUACUACUUCACCAUUUCUGCUUGUAUCUUCAAAAGAUUUGAAUCCAACACCAAUCCAUGAACUGGAUGAUGUACCGACACCUAUUGCUGGUAAGACGAUCCAUCAACCACAGCCACACAGUUUAUCGCAUUCGAACUUGAACAAAUUGAAUUCGUCAGUAAAUAAUAUGAGUUUAGCUAAUAAUAAUGCUAAUGCUAAUGCUAAUGUUAAUACUAGUACUAGUACUAACGGUACUAAUAAUGCUAAAUCAUCAGUCAGCAGAUCGGCUUCAAUGACAAAUGCUCAUCAUCCUCGUAAACAUGCUAAUACCAUUAGUGCUAAUUCCAAUGGCCAUGUUUCACAUGCUUCGAAUACUAAUUUGGCUUCUAUGAGAUCCAAUUCUGUCUCUCGUGCAUCAUCGGUAAAAUAUCAUUCGGCUCAAAAUCCUUCUAAUUUAAGUGCUCAUCCUUCGACUAUCUCCAUGUCAAAUAUUGGCUCAUCAACUCCUAUUGCAUCUCCACCUCCAAGUUCGUUACUGUUAGGUACACCUAAUUUACCUCGUUUCAGAAUGCUAGAGAAUGGAAGUCAUGAGCAUAAUUUGAAAUCUGCAAAACGUCAAGAAAAGCUUUCCAAUAUGUUGAAAGAUCUUCUUGGAGCUAAGAAAUUGCGGGAUGAAGCCAAAUCAGCCGUUCCUAAUAAUCUUCAGACUUUAGUACAACUUCAUCAACAACAACAGGGAGUGGUUGCUUCUACUUCCAAUACAUCUGUACCUAUAACUACUCCUUCUAAUCCAAAUAGACCUCCAACAUUACUUAAUUCACUUGUAACUCAUAUAAAGAAUAAUACCCUGCCUUAUGGAAUGCCAAAUGAUGGAAGUGAGAUCAAUAUAAAUCUGACUCUUUCUAUUGUAGCACCUCCAGAUGGAUCAUCAGCAGCCAUGUUAGCUGCUCAUGCUCGAUCAUUUGUAGAAAAAUAUGGAAGAUGUCAAGAAGUUAUUGGGAAGGGAGCCUUUGGAGUGGUAAGAAUCUCACAUAAAAAGAUCCCCAGUACAUCUAUUCGAUCUAGUAAUAAUAACUAUAUUACCAAUGAAGAUGGAGAUCAUGAGAUUCUUUAUGCUGUAAAGGAAUUUAAACGUAAACCAAAUGAAUCAGACAAGAAAUACAAUCGUCGACUUACGGCCGAAUUCUGUAUAAGUUCAUGUCUUAAGCAUAUUAAUAUUAUUGAUACUCUUGAUUUAUUAAAGGAUGCUAAGGGUGAUUAUUGUGAAGUUAUGGAAUUCUGUUCUGGAGGUGAUUUGUAUACUUUAAUUAUAGCACUGGGUAAACUUGAAUAUGCCGAAGCAGAUUGUUUCUUUAAACAAUUAAUUCGAGGAGUUAAUUAUAUUCAUGAUAUGGGAGUUGCCCAUCGAGAUCUUAAGCCCGAGAAUUUAUUAUUAACUCAAAAUGGAGUAUUAAAAAUUACUGAUUUUGGGAAUAGUGAAUGUUUUAAAAUGGCAUGGGAAGAUGAUAUACAGUUAAGUGAAGGAAUUUGUGGUUCAUCACCAUAUAUUGCACCAGAAGAAUUCACUCAACAAAUGUUUGAUCCUCGAUGUGUAGAUAUUUGGUCAUGUGGAGUUAUUUAUAUGGCUAUGAGAACGGGAAGACAAUUAUGGAAAUUAGCUGAUCCUCGUAAGGAUGAGUUUUUUGAAGAAUAUCUCCAAAAGAGAAAAGAUGCAUCUGGAUAUGAGCCUAUUGAAAAUUUAAAGAGAGCUCGAUGUCGGAAUGUUAUUUAUUCGAUUCUUGAUCCUAAACCAGAUCGAAGAAUUACAGGUAAACAGAUCUUAAAUAGUGAAUGGGGACGAGAGAUUAAGGUGUGUGAAGCCGGAGAUGGUCAUUAGUGAAUGAAUGUUAUGAAUGUUUGAUGCUUCUGUAGUGUCUGUAAAGUAACUCUAUAAGCGCAAGAGAGCAUAGUAAAGAGGCUCAGUGUUAUACUGGUCAGUAAUUGUACUACAGUAAUCUACUACUCAAUACUACUCAGUAAAAUACUGCUCAGUAAAUACUACUCAGUAAUUCUACUACAGUAAUUAUGCUACAGUAAUUGUAC